ACCCUCCCUAGCCCAGCCUCCCCUGCCCUGCCCUGCCCUGCCCUUCUCACCCCGCCACAGCCGAAUCGAAUCCGAGACGCCGAUCUCGGAUUCGCUUCCACCGCCGUAGCCGCGCCCUCCGUCGUCCUCGUCGCUCUCACCGCUCGUCUCGUCAGGUUGACGGAACACUGUUGGCUGAUUUAUUGUGAGAAAAACACUGCUGAAUGGCUGGAAGAUUCGGCUGAUAAGCUCAAGCGAACAGACUGAUACAGUAUUGAAGUUUGUUCCUUGAGCGAAUGCUUACUUGAAGUUGAUCCAUGGCAGGAUUGGCACCAGAAGGGUCCCAGUUUGAUGACAAGCAGUAUGACAAGAAAAUGCAGGAGAUACUAACUGAGGACUUCUUCACUUCGUAUGAUGAAGUUUGUGAGAGUUUUGACAACAUGGGGCUACAAGAGAACCUUCUGAGAGGCAUCUAUGCCUAUGGUUUUGAGAAGCCAUCAGCUAUUCAGCAAAGAGGAAUUGUUCCCUUCUGCAAGGGGCUUGAUGUGAUUCAGCAAGCCCAAUCUGGAACUGGAAAAACAGCUACCUUCUGUUCUGGAAUCUUACAGCAGCUUGAUUAUGGAUUGGUUGAGUGCCAGGCCUUGGUUCUUGCUCCAACCCGUGAGCUUGCGCAGCAAAUUGAGAAGGUUAUGCGUGCUCUUGGGGACUAUUUGGGUGUCAAAGUGCAUGCCUGUGUUGGUGGAACAUCUGUCCGUGAGGACCAAAGGAUUCUUGCCAGUGGUGUGCAUGUUGUUGUGGGCACACCAGGGCGUGUGUUUGAUAUGUUGCGUAGGCAGUCUCUCCGCCCUGACAACAUCAAGAUGUUUGUGCUGGAUGAAGCUGAUGAGAUGCUCUCCCGUGGAUUCAAGGAUCAGAUCUAUGAUAUCUUCCAGCUUCUUCCAUCGAAGAUUCAAGUUGGUGUGUUCUCAGCUACCAUGCCCCCAGAGGCCCUAGAGAUCACCCGCAAGUUUAUGAACAAGCCUGUGAGGAUUCUUGUCAAGAGAGAUGAGCUUACCCUUGAGGGUAUCAAGCAAUUCUAUGUCAAUGUGGAGAAGGAAGACUGGAAGCUCGACACAUUAUGUGACCUGUAUGAGACCCUGGCAAUCACCCAGAGUGUCAUCUUUGUGAACACCCGCCGCAAGGUGGACUGGCUCACAGACAAGAUGAGGAGCAGGGACCACACCGUCUCAGCCACACACGGUGAUAUGGACCAGAACACCAGGGACAUCAUCAUGAGGGAGUUCAGGUCCGGGUCCUCCCGUGUGCUCAUCACCACUGACCUGCUUGCCCGUGGUAUUGAUGUCCAGCAGGUCUCACUUGUCAUCAACUACGACCUGCCGACCCAGCCUGAGAACUACCUUCACCGCAUUGGUCGUAGUGGUCGGUUUGGAAGAAAGGGUGUUGCCAUCAACUUUGUCACCCGCGAUGAUGAGCGGAUGCUGUUUGACAUCCAGAGGUUCUACAACGUGACCAUUGAGGAGCUGCCGGCCAACGUCGCUGACCUUCUCUAGAUGAUGUCCUCUAGAUAAUAUGGGCUGCUAAGGUUUCUGGAUAAAGAAGUCUGUUUUUGUUAAAAUACGCCAACUUUUCUCUGCUUUUGGAGGAGUGGUAAGGUCGGGUUCUAUUCGAAUUGUGGCGAAGGAUGGUUUCUAAGUUCAUUUUCUCGUAUGCAACAUUUCGGAAUUUUUGUAGCGAGUAGGCUAUGUGCCGCUCCUGGGUUAGCUGGGUGCUGAGACACUACUGGAGUAUUUUUACAUUCACUGUUAUGAAUCAUUCCUGUCGCUGUGUA